GGCAUGGCAGCAGAGAUGGCCCUGAGCCACCGAGGGCCCCACAAGGUGCUGAGUGAGGCUGAACUCGAGGAGGUGGCUCACAGGAAACCUCCCCCCAGGCCCUCUCUGCGUGGCUAUCUCCACAAGACCAGGUGCUCAGGCUCUGCUGCCAAGUCCCUGCUGUUCCGCUUCCUGCCCUUCCUGCGCUGGCUGCCCCGCUACCCCAUCAAGGACUGGCUCCUGGGGGACAUUGUCUCGGGCUUCAGUGUGGGCAUCAUGCACCUGCCCCAGGGGCUUGCCUAUGCUCUGCUGGCCGGGCUGCCGCCGGUCACGGGGCUCUACUCCUCCUUCUACCCCGUCUUCCUCUACUUCUUCUUUGGAACGUCAAGGCACAACUCCGUGGGUCCCUUUGCUGUAAUCUCUGUCAUGAUUGGGAGCUUGACAGAGUCCCUGAUGCCCAGUGAGGACUUCAUGAUGUCUGUCAAUGGCAGCAAUACAACGAUCGAUGAGGAACGGCGCGAUGCUGCCAGGGUGGAGCUGGUGGCCACCAUCACUGUCCUGACGGGUAUCUUCCAGGUGGCCCUGGGCCUCCUGCAGUUUGGAUUUGUGGUGACCUACCUCUCAGACCCACUGGUGCGUGGCUACACCACCGCUGCCUCUGUGCACGUCCUCGUCUCCCAGCUGAAAAAUGUUUUUGGAAUCUCCCAAGGCGAGCCCUCAGGGCCACUCUCACUGUUUGUGACCAUCAUCGAUCUCUGCAAGAAGCUGCCAGGCACCAAUGUGGGCACCCUGGUGACUGCUAUCAUUGCCAUAGUGGCCAUCUUGAUUGUGAAGGAGCUCAACCACAAGUUUGCUGCCAAAUUGCCCAUGCCCAUCCCCAUCGAGCUUAUCACGAUCAUCGUUUCCACUGGCAUCUCCUAUGGGGUCAACCUGAAAGAAAAGUUUGGCAUCUCCGUGGUGGGCAACAUCCCCAGCGGGUUGAAGCCACCUGUGGUCCCUAACAUGAGCUACUUUGGGCAGGUGGCAGGCAAUGCCUUUGCCAUUGCUGUGGUAGGCUAUGCCAUCUGCAUCUCCCUGGGCAAAAUCUUUGCCCUGAAACAUGGCUACAAAGUGGACAGCAACCAGGAGCUGAUUGCACUGGGUCUCUGCAACUUCUUAGGAGGAUUCUUCCAGUGUUUUGCCAUCAGCUGCUCCAUGUCAAGGAGCCUGGUACAGGAGAGCACAGGGGGCAACAGCCAGGUAGCUGGUGUCAUCGCAUCCCUGGUCAUCCUGGUGACCAUUCUGAAGAUUGGAGAGCUCUUCAGGGACCUGCCCAAGGCCAUCUUAGCUGCCAUCAUCAUUGCCAACCUCAAGGGCAUGUUCAAGCAGUUCAAGGACUUAUGCACUCUCUGGAAGUCCAACAAGGUGGACCUGAUGGUCUGGGUUGUGACAUUCAUAGCCACCCUCCUGCUGAACCUGGACAUCGGCCUGGCGGCCUCGGUGGCAUUUGGGCUGCUCACAGUCAUCUUCCGUACCCAGCUCCCCCACUACUCCAUCCUGGGGCGCAUCUCCGACACCGACAUCUACCGGGAUGUGGUGGAAUACGAGAUGGCACAGGAGGUCCCUGGCGUGAAGAUCUUCCGCUCUUCCUCCACCAUCUAUUUUGCCAAUGUGGAGCUGUACGCCGAGGCCCUGAAGAAAAAGAGCGGCAUUGAUGUGGACCGCCUGAUUGAGAAGAAGAAGAAGGCCCUCAAGAAGCUGAAGAAACAGCAGAAGAAACUGGAGAAGGAAAAGGCAAAGAGGAAAAAGGACGGUCCAGGUGUGUCAGUGAUUGAGCUGAGUUCAGAAGAGAGCGGUGCACCCUCAGAGCCCACCCUGCAGAGCCUAGGGCUGCCCAAGCCCAACUUCCACGCUGUCAUCUUGGAUUUCAGCCCCAUCAACUUCGUGGACACCGUUGCCAUCAAGAUCCUGAAGAAUAUCUUCAGGGAUUUCCAUGAGAUAGAAGUGGACGUCUUCGUUGCCAGCUGCUCGGUAUCUGUCCUGGCCCAGCUGGAGCGGGGCAACUUCUUCAGUUCAGCCAUCACCAAGCACUCCUUCUUCCCCUCUGUGCAUGAUGCCGUGGCGCACAUCAGCAGGGAGCGGCACCAGGCCUCGGUGGACCACAGCACCAGAAUGUAGCCCCUCAAGAGGAAGACAUCUCCC